AUGGGCCGUCAAAAGUCCUCUUCAACAACCAAGAAUGCUCUCAUUACACAGUUCUUCAAGAAGCCAGAAGCCAAUGCCAAGAAGCAAAUAGCCAAGAAUGACGAGAACGCUUUGACCGAACAAGAGAUUCAAGAACGCAAUCGACGUCUUCUUCAGCGUGUGGACGAAGGUGAUCACAAGAAGAAACGACCCGUUUUGCGGCCAGCUUUAAGCGAUAAGAGUGGUUUGGGUGGUGGUCUUGGUACAAAGCAAACUGCUAAGGCACCAAAACGACACGAGCCAGCAUGCAAUGUGCUAUGUGAUAAUGAGGAACCUAUCAAGAAGGACGUUGGAAACAGCAAAACGACCAUCAAUGUUAAGGAACGACGAGCACCAUUGCAGGAAAAGGAAGUGGAAACAACCAAAGUAUCGAUGCCAAAAUCAUGGUCGACGAGCAGGAACACGUUGAAUGAAAAAGAAUCACCAUCACCCAUCCGCAGUCGCGAGGAACACCACAAAUCUGAAACCGUUGCCAAGGAUACCAGUGAUUCAUCGUCGUCAAUAUCACCAUGCACCAAAGAUCAACCUACAGCACGUGUCAAAAGACGACGCAUUGAGGAUGAAUUUAUGAUGCCCACCACCAUACGUAAAGUACUCCCUCUCAGACCAUUAUCACGACAAUCAUCUGGAGAGGAGGAACAGCACAAAGGAGACAAUGAGACAACGAGCGACAACGACAAAGCAACCAUAUACCCCAAUGAAGAAGAAGAUGAUGAUGACGAUGAUGAAGAUGAAGAUGCCGUUUGUCCUGUUUAUUCUUCUCCUUUAUCCUCUCAAGACGACCCAUUAUCACUAUCACCAGAGCUUCGACCACCCACAUCUGAUUUACAACCAUCACCUGAAUGCCCGUCAUCACCUUAUGAAAGCCAAUCAUCCAACAACAACCGAUCACCUACCCUUCAUUCAUCACCAGAUCACACGCUUCCAUUAUCAUUGACUGAACAAUACGAGGAACAUGCUGCUUUUCCAGUACCACGAGGAAGGAAUCUGGUAGAAAAACUUGGAAUCCAGGACCCUGCUUCAAGUCAAUCAUCAUCACAUUCCACCGACAAGGACGAACAAAAUCUAGCAUAG